AUGAAUGGAUUGAAGCUUCCGCCUAUUGAUAGAAGGCAUAUGGAUCAUUCUGUGGGAGUUGGGGAUGUGGAAGAGGUUUUUGAAGAAUCUAAAAUUCAGGAUAAUUCACAGAUGAAAAUGGUAAAUGAAGCACCUAAAGAGAAUUCGGUGGAGAACGAAUAUUAUAUCGAUGACCAAGAUGCCAAAGUUUCACCAACCAAAAGAAACACAGAUCUUGGGCCUUUUAUUGAUCAAAAACCUAAUCUGCAUAUUUCUAUAAAAUCAAAAGUGAAAUCUCAAAUCCCGAACAAAUUAUAUAAAAAGAAUAUAACAAAAAGUAAAACAGAUUCGAUUAAUGAACAAAUGGGACCAAUUGAUAACCUAUUAUGGGCUCUCAGGAAGAAGCAAUUAGACGAGAUGGUGGCCAGUUUUAAAAUUAAGAAUAUCACAACAAGCGAGGAUGAUAGCAAAGACCAAAGUAAUGAACACCGAAGUCGGAGAUGUCUCUAUCGGAGUGGAGAUGGGUUCAGAGUGAAGUGGGAUCUGCUAAUCAUGUCUCUCGCCGCAUAUAGUUGCUUCAUUGUGCCUAUACAGUUUUCAUUUGACCCUCAAUUUGCGAAGGAACUCUACUUCCUUAUCCCUGAUUUUUUCGUGAAUAUAAUCUUCUUUGUUGAUAUUCUGAUUAAUUUUCGAACUACGUAUAUUCAUAAAAAGACUGGGGAGGAGGUCACCAAUCUUUCAAUAAUUGCUAUAAAUUAUUUAAAAUUACAGUUCUGGAUAGACUUCCUUGCAACUAUUCCUUUCGAUCUGGGAGCAGAGCUCUUUAUAAGCAAUAGCAACAGUGGGUUCUUCCAGUUGUUCAGUCUACUCAAGUUGGUUAGAGUUCUGAGGUUAGGAAAAUUAAUAGCAGUCAUGAAAGUCAAAGAUGACAUCAAGUUGUCACUAAAACUAAUGAGACUUGUUUUCUUUCUAGUCACUUAUUUGCACUGACUUGGCUGUUGUUGGUACUAUAUUGUUAUUGACAAUGAAGAAUGGAUGCCUCCUUUGGACUAUGUGUGGGUUAAAACUGAGUUUUAUCAAAAAUAACAUUCCUUUUAAGUACUCUAUGUCCCUCUACCAUGCAGUCCUAUUGUUUACAGGCAAUGAUAUCGGCCCAAGAGGAACUUUUCAGCUCCUUUUUGUAUCAUUUUUUGUUGUUAUGGGAGCAAUUAUCAACGCAAAUCUUUUUGGUCAGUUAGCAGUCAUUCUUUCUGCAAUGAAUAGAAAAGCUUCGUUAUUUCAAGAGAAAUUCGAUAUUAUAACCACAGCUAUGAAAAAUCUCAACUUGCCAGAGGAAUUACAAACUAAGGUCACUGGAUUUUUGACUUACACAGAAAGAUUUCUUGAUUCACAGACAGAACUAAAGUCAUUUCUGGAUAUGAUUUCUCCAUCUCUGAGACAAGAAGUAAUUAUAUCUAUUUUCUCUGAAACCCUUCGAUAUAAUCCGAUCUUUCAAGAAAAUGAUACUCUGAUUGAUUAUUUGACCAAAAAGUUGAAGACUCAAAUUCAUAUGCCUGAAGAUCCGAUUAUUACCCAAGGAGAGGUCGCAGAGAACAUUUUUUUCAUUGGACGUGGGGAAUGAGAAGUAUCUGUGACCAACCAUAACUCCAUCACUGAUGUUGUCAAAAAGGUCAAGCCUGGAGAUGUAUUCGGGGAAGUAGCUCUUCUCUGAGGCUGCCGUAGAACUGCUAGUGUAAAGACCACUAACUACUCAACUCUGGCAAAGAUUGACAAGCCUACCUUCAAAGACAUGUGCGUGCAAUUUCCAGACUUGAAGGAUAAAAUGAAAGAGAAUUUGAAGAAGUACCAGGAUAAGCUAAAAUUAUUCCUGAAAGUUAUCUUGAGGGCAAUUCCUUUCUUCCAAGAUUUGAGCGAGGAAUCUAUCGAAGAAAUAACAUAUCAUCUGAAGCAAAAAUCCUUUGAUUCUAAUGAAGUCAUCGAGCGUGCUGGUGAAACAGUUGAUAGAAUAUGACUUGUAACAAGAGGAGAAGUUGACUUGAUUCUCAAUAUUGAAAAUCAUGACUUUGUGAUCCAUAAUCUCUACCAAGGCUGCUUUAUUGGUGGAUACAAGGUGCUUCAAGAUUCUGUGCAUGCGCACACAGCGAGAUCUGUAACUAGUGUAUCAGUUCAUACACUGAAUAGGGAUAGUAUAUCAAUACUCCAGAGAUGCCUACCUGAUUUCCAAACUGCUAUUGAUAAAGCAAAGAAAUAUUUGAAGUCAGACAAUCCAAUCAUAGGCUAUGGGCUAUUUCGAGAUACUAACGGAAGUAUCUCACCAGUCAGAAUGCUUCAAAUGGCUGUAAUAAAGAUCAUGAAAAUAAACCGUGAACUCAAGAACAUUGGCAGCAAAGAGACAGCAGCCAAUGCUCUAGAGCGAAUGCUCAUAGAUUACGAAGAGCAAGGAAAUGAAGGAAAAUGGCAGAAGAACUACCACAGAGUGUCUAUAAAGCUCAUGGAUAAAUUAUACAAGAAGAUAGAUAAUCUACAAAAUCAUAUAGAAGUGCUCGAAACCCAGAUUGAAAAAGACACAAAGGAGAAGAAGAGGCAGUCUGUUCUCUUAAUGAAACGGAUGAGUCAGCAAGAAGACAGUUUACGGCAGUUCAAUAACCACAACAAUAUUGAGCCAAGGAAAAAUUCUGUGUUCAACAUCCAGCCACUUCCAAUGGGUUUUUUGAAUAUGGAAGAUUCUAAGAUCGAUGAAGCUUCUGAGGAUAAUACUUCAAGUUUAUCAUCAGUGAGAACUAACUCAAGGAGAGAAUCAACAUCAAAAGAUCUGCAGAUGAGUGAGGCACAUUCUAUUGGAAUUCUUUUCCAUGAAAAGAAAAACAACCAAAUCCCUGACAAAGCCUUCCAAGAUCCAAUGAUUUCUCCUGAGAAAAAGCAUAAGGACAAAUAACUCCUCCAAUCCUGCCUAUUUCUUCACUAAAAAUCCACCU